AGUGGGGCCUGCGGUGGGAGGGGGGAAGGAAGGCGGAGGGAACCAUGCGAGGUUCUGAAAUCAGCGGCGAGGGUCGCCUCGAGAGACCGUUUCUGAGCAGGAAUUCUGAAUUCCCCAACACUUCCUCCCUCCGGGGGCUUUGAUUCCCCCCAUGGCCACCGCUAACAGCAUCAUUGUGCUGGAUGAUGAUGAUGAAGAUGAAGUACCUGCUCAGCCAGGGCCUUCCCACUCACCCCCCAGUCCGGCCCUACGCCGGGCAGAAGCCCCUGGCUCCUCUGAGCCCCAUGGGCCGGGAGGAAGCAGUAGUUCUGGCGGCAAGAAAUGCUACAAGUUGGAGAAUGAGAAGCUGUUUGAAGAGUUUCUUGAACUGUGUAAGGCACAGACAUCGGACCACCCUGAGGUGGUCCCAUUCCUCUAUAACCGCCAGCAGCGGGCCCAGUCGCUAUUUCUGGCCUCAGCGGAGUUCUGCAACAUCCUUUCUCGGGUCCUCUCUCGGGCCCAGAGUCGGCCAGCUAAGCUCUAUGUCUACAUUAAUGAGCUCUGUACUGUUCUCAAGGCCCACUCAGCCAAGAAGAAGCUGAACCUGGCCCCCGCUGCCAUCGCUCCCAGUGAGCCCUCUGGGAAUAACCCUUCCACAGACCCCUCCUUAGGCUCUAUGAAUGCUGAAGUCACUGCCUCUGAGGCCCCAAGGACCCGUGGUUCCCGAAGGCAGAUCCAGCGCUUGGAGCAGCUGCUGGCACUCUAUGUGGCAGAGAUCCGACGGCUGCAAGAGAAGGAGUUGGAUCUGUCAGAAUUAGAUGACCCAGACUCUACAUAUCUGCAGGAGGCCCGGUUGAAGCGGAAGCUGAUCCGCCUUUUCCGGCGUCUUUGUGAGCUGAAGGACUGCUCUUCCCUAACUGGCCGUGUCAUAGAGCAGCGCAUCCCCUACCGGGGUACACGCUACCCAGAAGUUAACAGGCGCAUUGAGCGGCUCAUCAACAAGCCAGGGCCUGAUACCUUUCCUGACUAUGGAGAUGUGCUUCGAGCUGUAGAGAAGGCAGCUGCCCGACACAGUCUUGGCCUUCCCCGACAACAGCUCCAGCUCAUGGCUCAGGAUGCCUUCCGGGAUGUGGGUAUCAGGUUACAGGAGCGACGCCACCUUGAUCUCAUCUACAACUUUGGCUGCCACCUCACAGAUGACUAUAGGCCAGGCAUUGACCCUGCACUAUCAGAUCCUGCAUUGGCCCGGCGACUUCGAGAAAACCGGAGCUUGGCCAUGAGUCGGCUAGAUGAAGUCAUCUCCAAAUAUGCAAUGAUGCAAGACAAAAGUGAGGAGGGAGAGAGACAGAAGAGAAGAGCCCGGCUCCCCCAGGGCACCUCUUCCCACUCUGCAGAACCCCCCAAAGCUUCCUUGGAUUCUGGUGAGGGCCCUAGUGGAAUGGCAUCCCAGGAGUGCCCUCCUACCUCCAAGGCUGAGACUGAUGAUGAAGAUGAUGAGGAAAGUGAUGAUGAUGAGGACGAGGAGGAAGAGGAGGACGAGGAGGAAGAGGAUGAGGCCACAGAUUCUGAGGAGGAGGAGGAUCUAGAACAAAUACAGGAAGGUCAGGGGGACGAUGAAGAAGAGGAGGAGGAGAGAGGAGGCGACAGUGGAGACAAUAGCCCUAUGUCCACACCACAGAUCUCCACUGAAAAGAACCUGGAACCUGACAAACGAAUCAGCAGGUCUUCAGGGGAACAUCAAAACAAAGGACUCACGGUGUCUCCAGCUUCACUGUUGGAAGAACCCCGGGACCCCUCCAGCACAGAUGCUGAAAGCACUGGAGAACAGUUUGAAGAGUUGCCCCUAGAGGAAGAGAGUCCUGAGUCUCAGCUCUUUGAGCUAGAGAUUGAAGCUUUGCCCGUGGAUACUACCCCUUCCCCUGAGGAGAGGGACAUUUCCUCUUCCAGGAAGCAGUCAGAAGAUCCCCUCACCACUGUUUUGGAGAAUGGAGCAUCCAUGGUCACCUCCACAUCCUUCAAUGGAGGUGUCUCUCCUCACACUUGGAGAGAUUCCAGUCCCCCCUGCAAGAAACCUCGGAAGGAGAAGCAAACAGGAUCAGGACCAUUAGGAAAUGGCUAUGUGGAAAGGCAAAGGGCAGUGCAUGAGAAGAAUGGGGAGAAGAUAUGUACUCUACCCAGUCCACAUUCCCCCUUGGCUUCCAUGGCCCCAGUUGCUGAUUCCUCCACAAGGGUGGACUCUCCCAGUCAUGGUCUGGUGACCAGCUCCCUUUGCAGCCCUUCUCCAGCUCGGUUGUCCCAAAUCCCCCAGUUUCAACCUCCCCGGCCCAGUGCUUACAAGAUGAGUGUGGCCACACAGUGUGAUCCAGAGGAGAUCAUCGUGCUCUCAGACUCUGAUUAGCUGCCUCCUGCUCUCCCUGCCUCCAAAAUGUUUUGGGGUACCAUUUGGAGGAUGGUGGGAAGCCAUCCCACUGAGAAGGGAUGGACUGUGCUAAUCCCUUUUUGGUGGUCUUUCUUUUAAAAAACCAGAAGCUUAAGUUUUACACAAAAACGUUAAUAAACA